AAAUUGUAAAUGAGUCCACUUAGUUUUUUUUUUAUAUUUGUUCUUCAUGAAUAAAGGUAAUGGUCCUCAUAGCUUCCAGCGCAAUGUUUAAUUGACGAGGACAUGUUUAUGGACAAAAAAAGCGUAUGCAUAUUAUUCAUACUUACUUUGUUGUCAUAUACCUAAAGUCUGUAUGAUGUUGAAAAUGGAAUUGAAGAAUCUCUUGCCAAUCUUGUGGUUUGUCCUUGUAAGCUUUGAUGUUGUGUAUGCACCAGAAUGUGGCACAACUGGGGUUUUCGAACCACGUGGUAGGUUUGACAUAAACCGUAGGCUUCUCCUAUCUUCUCUUGCUUCUAAUGUUUCAGCUCGAGGUGGCUACUUCAAUUCUUCGCUUGGCCAAGCCCCUGAUCGAGUGUAUGCUCUAGGGAUGUGCAUUCAAGGUGCUGAACAAGAGGUCUGCUACAACUGUAUCGACUUGGCGUCGAGUCUGUUACUAAGCAGCUGUCCCAACCAGGUCGAAGGCCUCGCCUGGACUGAAAAACGGAUUGUGUGUGUGGUACGAUACUUCAAUACUUCUUUCUUCGGAUUACGCAAGAUAGAACCGCAUUUUCCUACCUCCAAUCCGGAAGAUAUCACAUCCAGCUUACCAGAGUUUAAUCGAGUGUGGGAAGGGUUAACAAGUGGUAUGAUAGCCAAUACUACUUCGCCAUCAUCUAAAAGCAAGUACUACGCAGCUGAAAAAGCAGCCGUGACAGCUAGCCAGACUAUAUAUGCAUUAAUGCAAUGUACUCCGGACUUAUCUUUGGAUGAUUGCCGUAUGUGUUUAAAGCAGAGUGUUAGUGACUUUCAAUCAUGCUGCAAUGGAAAGAAAGGUGGCACUAUGUACCGGGCCAGCUGUUUAUUCCGGUGGGAUCUGUUUCCCUUCGCUGAGGCUUUUAGUCGCUUUACGUUGGCACCUCCGGCAGUGACCAAUACAACCACAAAGAAAGAUAGGAUAACAAUCUCAACUGCAAUCUUCAAGGGAAUUGUUAGUUCCACUGUUAUUAUUAUCAUAUUGUUACUUCUUGGGCUUGGAUUAUUUUUUUAUAGUAGGAGAAAGACAUAUCAAGGAUCCAGUACUACUGAUAUCACCAUUACACGCUCACUGCAAUACGAUUUUAAAGCGAUUGAAGCUGCAACAAAUAAAUUCUCGGAGAACAACGUAAUUGGCCGUGGUGGAUUUGGAGAAGUUUUCAAGGGUGUACUUAACGGGACUGAAGUUGCUAUUAAGAGGCUGUCAAAAGCAUCAAAACAAGGUGCAGUAGAGUUCAAGAACGAGGUUGUUCUUGUUGCAAAACUCCAUCAUAGGAAUCUUGUUAGGCUUCUCGGGUUUUGUCUAGAAGGAGAAGAAAAGAUACUUGUUUAUGAGUUUGUCCCUAACAAGAGCCUCGAUUACUUCCUCUUUGACCCUGUAAAGCAAGGGGAGUUAGACUGGACAAAACGGUAUAACAUUAUCCAAGGAAUCACUCGAGGAAUCCUAUAUCUUCAUCAAGACUCACGACUAACAAUCAUACACCGUGACCUCAAAGCCAGCAACAUUCUCCUAGAUGUCAAUAUGAACCCGAAAAUUGCUGAUUUUGGAAUGGCGAGAAUUUUUGGGAUUGACCAAAGUGGAGCUAAUACAAACAGAAUUGCUGGAACACGUGGUUACAUGCCUCCAGAAUAUGUGAUGCAAGGCCAAUUCUCAGCAAAAUCUGAUGUCUAUAGUUAUGGAGUCUUAGUUCUUGAAAUUAUAUGUGGUAAAAAUAACAGAUUUGUCCACCAAUCAGACACAACAGCUGAGAAUUUGGUGACAUACGCUUGGAGGUUGUGGAGAAACGAUUCACCAUUAGAACUCGUGGAUCCAACCAUUUUUGAGAAUUGUGAAACAGAAGAAGUGUUAAGAUGCAUCCACAUUGCGUUGCUAUGUGUUCAACGCAAUCCCACAGAUCGCCCCAGCUUGUCAACAAUCAACAUGAUGCUCACUAACAGUUCCCAUAUUUUACCUGAUCCUCAACAACCUGGUUUCUUCUAUCCAAAUAAAAGCAACCAAGAACAAGAUGGCAUCGAGUCUAGCCUUUCUACGAACAAGUCCAGUUCCCAAACUAUCAAUGAUGUAACCAUCACAGAUCUUGCACCUCGUUGACUUUGAGACUAUAUUAAGAUACUAGAAGUCAUCCCGUGCUACGCACGGGUUAAGCUUACAUUAUUUUUGAAUUUUAGUAAUUUGGAUAUUAGUAGUUCUUUUAUUUGUUUACUCAGUAAUUAUU